UAUAUAACAAUUUAAGUUGAAACCUAUUAUUAGUGUUUUAAAGUAAUUUGCGCUAAAUUAAGUUUAAAUGGUACAUUUUUUAUAAAAUGAAUCAAACGGAUAUAAAGCAUUCUUUACGGAAGUUGGAGUUUCCAUUAUGCGUUAAGGAGGUUCUCCCAAGAAUAGAAAGUAUGAUUAUCAACCGCAGUAAACCUAAUUUUAUUAUGCAAUUGAUCUCAGAAUUUGUGUUUUUGGAAAGGAGCAAAGAUGUCGAUGUACGCCGAGGACAAUCCCAAUCAUCUCAAUCACCGCAGCAAUACAAUAAUAUGCAUAUGAAUAAAAUUCAAGAGUUUCAAUUGAUAUUAGUAUUGAUAGAAUUUUUUUCACAACCUGGCCCUGAUGCAACAAGAAAUGCAGUAUUUCUAUCUUUAUUUGGCACAAAUUUAACACCACAACGUUCUAAGACGUUAAGCAAACUCAUUAGUACGGCUGUAUCAGGAUCAGUGGCGCCCUUGUUAUCGUCAGCUGGUACUUGGAUGCAGCAAGUAGGCUGCACGACGACGCCCAGUUUGGAAAUGGCGCAAAGCUUGGUUAGCGAUUUCAUUAUAUUCUCGCGAAAGACUCCCGAACAGUUAAAACAAUUGCCCUUAGUGGCUCCGCAUUUUGCAGCUAAUUUGAUGACGGCCGUGGCCGAUUUGUAUUUAAAUGACCAAAGGGGCAGUUUAGUAGCACCGCCCGAUGCUUUGCUCGAUGUAUUUUGUGAAUGGAUCUCUGAAAAUCCAUCACUCUGCUUGGCGUCGCAGCAAGCGCUAGCUUUACCAUCGGGCGCUAUAGCAAUGCCGGUUGUCACUCCUUUAGCGGGUUUGAUUAGAUGGUCAGUGUUGUCACCUUUAGUAUCGAAUCGUAUUACCUAUAGCAAUUUACAUCUCGCUUUAUUGCAAACUCUCUUAGAGAUUGUACACACUGGACCACCAACUGCUUUGAAUGCGCAACAUUUAGCAGCGAUAGUAGGUCCACUAAAACAACAGGCUGCACGGCUUGUCGCUGAAAAUAUAAAACCUUCAGAGGAUAGUAAUUAUCAGAAGUGCAUGGAACGCCUUUCCCAAGCGGUGCAAGUGGGCCUAAGCGCCAACUGCGUUUUUGGUAAUAUUCCGCAGCUGAUAUGUGCUUUGGAAUCGUUGCCUUCUCAUAAUCUAAUGAAAAUUGUUAUUACAGCUAAUAAAAACCGAUAAAAUA